AGCACGCCUGGGGGUGCAGAAAGAACAAAGCAGUCAGAUCCCCCAUCUGUUUUUUUGCUAACACCCAACAACCAGUUGUUGACUCAUGAUCUCCUUAAGGGAUCUAUCUAGGUGGUGGCGGGAAAAGAACCAGAGACAGGAAGCCUAGUAUAAACCCGGGUACACACACACACACACAAAAAGGAAAUGAGGGAUCUACUUUAGACGAUCCCCCACCAAAUGGGCUGUACCCAAUUGGUGGAGGAUCGACCCCCACUAAUUGGGUACAGCCACCAACACUGGCGCUUUCUUGGUUAAAUACUCCAAGGCCGACCAAGAGUCAAACAAGUCCAGACAUAUCCUCCAAGCUUCAUGUCGCUUUUAAUGGACGGAGAGGCCAGAGACUUCGUGGACAUGAGUGAAUCGGAUUCGGAAUUCCUAGAGGACGAUGGAACUCAGAACUACGUCGUCCAAGAAAACCCGGCCGUCUUCACCGGGUCUUUGAGCGUCACUGCUGCACCCGACGAGGGUCAAAACCAGGAGCCGUUCCACCAGGAUGGGUCCGUGAGUCCUCCCGGUUCCCCGAACUGGUCCGAGGCCCCGGCGGGGGACUUCAGACCUGACUCGCCCGCUGCCGCCGCCAUCAACGACGAACCGGGGGAAGCCGCCGGUCAACCCGAGCCACCACAGAUCCAGACCUGGAUCCCGGAUCUCAGACCACCCAGAUACGUCUGGGUCAACCACAGCCGAUCUCCGGGGUCCAGGCUGGCGAAAGCCAAAGCGAGCGCCCGACGGGGCCGGACCCGGCCGACCCUGGGCGUCGCCCCCCGGCGUGAGGUUCAGACAACGAUGGUCGCUCUGAAGAACCAGAGAAGGGGAUCCGUCCAUGCCGAAUUAAAAAAAAUACGCCGAGCGCUCCUAACCCCUAAAGACAACGACGCGGGGGGAGUUUCUGAGGAUCCACCGUGCGUCGACAUGGCUCGGGAAAGGUUCCAUUGGCCCAGUAUGAUGACUCGAACCUUGAUGAUGAUCGUGGAAUUGGCCCAAAAAAUCAUCUGAUUGCGCUGUGAGAUUGUUUGAUGUUUUUCCACAUAAACUCUGAUUGCAAAAAAGAAUA